AUGAGGUUACCAUCAUUAGCGGUGACCGUUUCGCUAUUAUUAGCGGCAGCCACCUUCACCUCAGCAUCAAAUUUCGAAAAAAGAGACCUUGAAGAAAAUCAAAAUGACCAAGGCAAUCCACACUCACCCGAUUCCAACCCUCAUGGUAAUCCACACUCACCCGAUUCCAACCCUCAUGGUAAUCCACACGAAUCUGGACCUCCAGGCCACGAAAAUCACGUAGAAGUCGCUAAUAUCGUUCAAACUGCUGGCCGAUCCACUUCUCACUAUAAUCCUCGUGGGAAACAAACCACUCAUAGGGGACAACCCACCCAUCUAACGAGGCAUACAACAACUGCCAAGCAUCCAACAACUAGCCAUCGUCAUACAACGACUGGCAAGCAUCCAACAACUAGUCGUCGUCAUACAACAACUGGCAAGCAUCCAACAACUAGCCAUCGUCAUACAACGACUGGCAAGCAUCCAACAACUAGUCAUC